ACUGCUUAACGGCACAGGUCGAAGGCCCCGAGGUUCAGCUCUUUUCCUGAGGCAUCAACACUUGGGCAAACCAAGAGUCCAACUCCCUUAGUGCCCGACCAUGAUGGUUGUUGCCCUUUCUUGCUGGAUGAGGCUCAAGUGCAGAGAAUGACGUGCAAGAGGACCCGGCCGGGGGAAGGGCGACCUAACGCCUCCUGCUGGUCAUUCUGCCCCAGGACAGCGAUGGGCCGGGUGUGACCCACGAAGCGACCAGCCCCAGCACUUCCUUCACCAUCGUACACCCGUUCCCGUAGCCCCAUUCUUAGAUCUCUUUCUGGUCAGGAUCGCUAGGUUUGGCUUGUUUGGGGGCUGAGCUCCCCUAGAAUGGAGAGAGCCAUGGAGCAACUGAACCGCCUGACCCGAUCGCUGCGUCGAGCCCGGACCGUGGAGCUCCCUGAAGAUAAUGAAACUGCAGUUUAUACUUUAAUGCCCAUGGUUAUGGCUGAUCAACACCGGUCUGUAUCGGAGUUACUCUCAAAUUCCAAGUUUGAUGUCAACUAUGCCUUUGGGAGAGUGAAAAGAAGUUUACUUCACAUUGCUGCCAACUGUGGAUCUGUUGAAUGCCUGGUUUUACUUUUAAAAAGAGGAGCCAAUCCAAAUUAUCAAGAUAUUUCAGGAUGUACACCUCUACACUUGGCAGCCAGAAAUGGACAGAAGAAAUGUAUGAGUAAAUUACUAGAGUUCAACGCUGAUGUCAACAUUUGCAACAACGAGGGCCUAACUGCUAUUCACUGGCUUGCUGUCAAUGGCCGAACCGAACUUCUUCAUGACCUUGUUCAACAUGUCACGAAUGUUGAUGUAGAGGAUGCAAUGGGGCAGACUGCGCUGCAUGUUGCUUGCCAAAAUGGGCACAAAACAACCGUAUUGUGCUUGUUGGACAGCGGAGCAGACAUAAAUAGACCUAAUGUAUCUGGAGCGACUCCCCUGUAUUUUGCCUGCAGUCAUGGCCAGAGGGAUACAGCACAAAUUCUGCUACUUCGAGGAGCAAAGUACCUUCCUGAUAAGAAUGGAAUCACACCACUGGACCUCUGUGUACAAGGUGGUUAUGGUGAAACCUGUGAUAUACUCAUACAGCACCAUCCAAGACUUUUUCAGACAUUGAUUCAAAUGACUCAGAAUGAAGAUCUUAAAGAAAAUAUGCUGCGCCAGGUCCUUGAACAUUUGUCUCAGCAAAACGAAAGUCAGUAUCUCAAGAUCCUUACAAGCCUUGCUGAAGUAGCUACAACAAAUGGCCACAAACUCCUAAGUAUCUCUAGUAGCUAUGAAGCUCAAAUGAAGAGUUUACUCCGAAUCGUGAGGAUAUUUUGCCACGUUUUUUGCAUUGGGCCUUCUUCUCCCAGUAACGGAAAUGACAUGGGUUACAACGGAAACAAAACUCCAAGAAGCCAAGUGUUCAAGGUCAGAAAAGUAUAUGACGUGUUUAGGAAGAUAGACGUUAAAGAGAUGAAUUUGACAAAGCAUGCUCUCAUUUAUCAGACCCUUCCUGAGCAGGACCCCUUAGAAUUACUUUGGCAUUCUUUAGACGAAUGGUUAGUGCUUAUAGCCACUGAACUCACUAAAGACAAGAAAGACUCUUCCAACAUCGCUUGCAUUUUACUGAAGCAAAAUGCACUGGAUCAACAAGAUAUUUCUCUCGCUCAUCAAUCAGCCAUUGGAAGGAGUGGAAGCCAAGAACAUCUAUUAGUAUCAUCAGGCAAAGGGGACUUUGAGAGCUCAGAUGCUGCUGGGAAGCAGGAAGCCGUUGCAGAUGGUCAGGAUGUUAUCUCAAUGACAGCAAAUCGACUGAGUGCUGUCAUUCAAGCAUUCUACAUGUGCUGCUCUUGCCAAAUGCCUCAAGGAAUGACCUCGCCACGGUUCAUAGAGUUUGUCUGCAAACACGAUGAAGUUCUUAAAUGUUUUGUUAACAGGAACCCCAAAAUUAUUUUCGAUCAUUUUCAUUUUCUGCUGGAGUGUCCAGAACUGAUGGCACGUUUCAUGCACAUCAUAAAAGCACAGUCUUUUAAGGAGCGCUGUGAAUGGUUCUAUGAACACUUGCACACUGGACAACCUGAUUCAGAUAUGGUGCAUAGACCGGUGAACGAGAACGACAUACUACUGGUUCACAGAGAUUCUAUUUUCAGGAGUAGCUGUGAAGUGGUGUUUAAAUCAAAUUGUGAAAAACUUAAGCAAGGUAUUGCUGUCCGUUUCCAUGGAGAAGAAGGCAUGGGCCAAGGCGUGGUACGGGAGUGGUUUGAUAUAUUAUCUUCUGAAAUGAUCAAUCCUGACUAUGCAUUGUUUACACAAUCAGCAGAUGGAACAACUUUCCAGCCAAAUAGCAACUCCUCUGUAAAUCCGGAUCAUCUCAACUACUUCAGAUUCGCAGGCGAGAUCCUGGGUUUAGCGCUCUACCACAGGCAACUGGUCAACAUUUAUUUCACCAGAUCUUUUUACAAGCAUAUUCUUGGUAUCCCUGUAAAUUACCAAGACGUGGCCUCUAUCGACCCAGAAUACGCAAAGAACUUGCAGUGGAUUUUAGAUAAUGACAUUAGUGACCUGGGUCUGGAACUUACCUUCUCCGUAGAGACAGAUGUCUUUGGAGCUAUGGAGGAAGUGCCCUUAAAACCUGGAGGAGCGAGCAUUCUUGUUACACAAGAGAACAAGGCAGAAUAUGUUCAGCUUGUCACCGAACUUCGAAUGACGAGGGCUAUACAGCCGCAGAUCAACUGGUUUUUGCAAGGGUUCCAUAUGUUUAUACCGCCUUCUCUUAUACAGCUUUUUGAUGAAUUUGAGCUGGAGCUACUUCUGUCUGGCAUGCCAGAAAUUGACGUGAAUGAUUGGAUAAGAAACACAGAAUACACAAGUGGAUAUGAAAGAGAUGAUCAAGUGAUUCAGUGGUUUUGGGAGGUGGUACAAGAAUUAACACAGGAAGAGAGGGUUCUGCUUUUGCAGUUUGUAACGGGCAGUUCAAGGGUACCUCAUGGUGGAUUUGCAUAUAUCAUGGGUGGAAGUGGUCUGCAGAAUUUCACCAUAGCAGCCGUGGCAUAUACACCAAAUCUACUGCCAACAUCAAGCACAUGUAUCAAUAUGCUGAAGUUACCUGAAUAUCCCAGUAAAGAAGUCCUGAAGGACAGACUUCUUGUGGCAUUGCACUGUGGCAGCUACGGUUACACAAUGGCAUAAUAAAGAAAGAGGAAAACGAUCAUCUGACUAGUAAUGCUCAAUUUAGAACGGCAGAGCCAAUUUAGAAAUCUGUCAAGGAUGAAAAUGACUAGAUAUUGCCCACAGGCAGAGCUGACUUUCAAAGAUUUGUAAAGUACCUAUUUUCUUAGUAUAUGUAUUUAUGAGGUUAAGAGACUUCAGAAACCAAAAAAAAAAAACACUCUGUGGUAUCCUGAUUUUCCUGUUACAGAUAGUUUUAACAUUUAGGUACAUGGUUCAUGGAUAACUGACCUAUUUUCAUUAUUUCUUUUGUGUGCUUUGUCUUGACUUGAUUUUACUUUUUUUUAAGGAACAAGUGUUGUUGCGUAAUAGUGUGAGUUUAGAAAAAGAUCAUUGAAAAACUUGAGGAUAUAAUGGAUUUUUUGUAUACAUAGCUUUUACUUUUUUAAAUGGUGUGUUUACCAAUAUGUAAACAAUAUUUUUUUUGUCAUCACACCAUCCUCCUGUUGACAUUUUUAUCGUAUGUGUUUCUGUUUACAAAUAUACAGAUUAUUUUUUUUUUAAUGGACUGUUUUUUUGGACAUCACAACAUCAGUCAAUGGGGGAAAAAAGGAGGGAAAAUGUUGUUCAAAUUUUUAUUGCCGUAAUGUGUGUUUUUUGGUCAUUCCAAUUUUCGCCCUUUUCGUUGUUUUCAUUUCUAGUGCAAAGUAUUCAAAGUGUAAUUUUGUAAAAAAUGAUUUUGGUGAAAUAUAAAAUAUUUUAUAAAUGGUCUUUAAAGCA